CGUGAGCGGGAUUUUUACUUCUUACCCAUUCGGUAGACGGCAUUCUCUUUAAUAUAAUUGGUAGAAGUAUAAAAUAGAUUUCGUAGAACAUAUCAGAAACAUUACACAUUUGGUAGAGAUCGUGAACAUUUCAUUUAGAUGUAACGCUUCACAUCAGCAUAGCUAAAGCCACGCCUGCUCUGAUGCAUGGUAAGGGCAAUGGAUAACCCAACACAUCGAUGUGCUCUCCUCAACAAAUCAUCUGAGUCCAUAUCGGACGCUGGUAACGAGAAAAUACCGCCUAGCGCAAAUCACCUAAGGUCAUCAUUUGUGAAGUUCUGCGCUCUAUGUGAGGCCUGCUAUGAACUGAAGCCGCUUGUAGCGCCUGGAGCUGUCGACGAUGCCGUCCGUGCUGCGCUCAUGGCGGCAAUGGAUCCAGCCCGUGGUGAUGCUGCUGUACGGCAUCAUCCUGGUGGUGUGUCUGCCUGUGCUGGUCGUCUACAUGGAACAUGCCGGCACCCGCAUCAAGUUCGAAGCGUGGCUCAUUGGUUGUGUCAUGGCGUUCCUCACCUUGCCGGUAUCUCUUUGGGAGAUCACCAUGCACUUGGUCAACUACACCAAGCCGCAACUGCAGAAGCACAUCAUCCGUAUCCUCUGGAUGGUGCCCAUAUACUCGCUCAACGCCUGGAUGGGCCUCACCUUCCCGCAUUACACCAUCUACUUUGACCUCUGCCGCGAGUGUUACGAGGCGUAUGUCAUCUACAACUUCAUGAUGUUCCUGAUGACGACGCUGAACGAGCUGAUGGACCUGGAGACGGUGCUGGCCACGCGCACACAGGUGGUACACUCGUGUCCGUUCUGCUGGCUACGCCCAUGGCGGAUGGGUCGCGAGCUGGUGCAGCGAUGCCGACACUCCAUCCUCCAGUACACCGUGGUGAGGCCCAUCACAUCCAUAGUGGCCUUCGUGGCCAGUUUAGCCGGAGUGUACGGGGAGGGAACGUUCCUCCCAGAUAGACUAUUCCUCUACGUGUCAGUAGUGAACAACAUCAGCCAGCUGAUAGCCAUGUACGCAUUAGUCCUCUUCUACCGCGCCACCAAGGAGUUUCUGCGACCGUACCGGCCGCUCGCCAAGUUCCUCGUCAUCAAGUGCGUCGUGUUCUUCUCCUUCUUCCAGGAGUUCAUCAUCAGCGUGCUGGUGUACGCCGGCGUCAUCUCCUCCUGGUUCGGCGUCAUGGACGCCAGCGACGUCCGAGUCAUCUCUCAGAGCAUCCAGAACUUCCUCAUCUGCAUCGAGAUGCUGGCAGCGGCGCUGGCGCACAUGUACGCCUUCAGUCACAUGCCGUACCGCGACCCGGGGCAGUACCAAGGUGACUGCUGCGCAGCCUUCCGCAGCAUGUGGGAUGUCACAGACGUGGGGCACGACGUCAAGGAGCAUCUGAGCGUGGUGGGCAGCUCUGUGGCGCGGAGACUCUCCCGGAAGAGCACCCAGGCGGCCGGCGAGCGGGCGCCGCUGCUCACGGUGCCUGGAGACGGGAGGGCCGAGCCGGCCCCGCGUCCCCCCGCGACCGCACGGAGGAGCGACCAGUGACUGACGCUUGACCUCAAACGGCGGAUACAUCCCUCGGCCGGAUAGCACAGCGACCAGUGACAGGUAUGUGGUGUUUUUGACGCAUUGGGUAAUGGCUGAUGGUGAAUCCCUUACUACAAACGUACUACAAAUGUUUCUCCGCCAGUCCUUCACAGCCGACUGUAUUCUCCAUCGGCCAUCGGGCAUAGUGCUUUGAAUGAGUGAUACUGGAGUGCAUUGUGGACGCAAUGGAGAUAACGCAAGCCAGCUUCCUAUGUAAAAAUGAGUGGUGUAGCUCAGCAGUCAUAAAUGAAUCGCCUCAUUCGCAA